CAGCCGAGUGACUACACCAGAGUGUUUCCAUACUAUGAGCGUCACAACAUCGGACGUUUUUAGAGAUGGAUUAUUUCAACUCGUCCUGCUGCUUAAUGAACGUUUUUUCUCGCGGAUGUGAACGGAAAUGGAUAUUUGAGCGAUAAUCGUUUGGACGCGACUGUUUUAAAGCUUGAAAAGCAUUACCGGUGCAUGGGUUGUUUUGCUUUUGACAUCCAGUUUUGACUGUUGCCUCCGACGGAUCGACUUUCAGAUUACCAACCUGUGGACGUUCUCAACCACAAUGGAUUUGUUUAAUAUAAUCCGAGAUAUUUUCCCCAGGCCAUAAGAAUGAAGAUUUCUUGUAUGAACAACAUUUAUUGUUCUAAACAACCGAACACGUAGGUAAAUAACUACCUACUUUUUCCCAUAUGUAAAUACAACUCUGAUGAACAAACACUAGCAACUAAUUUCUGCUAAACCAGAAGCCUAAAAAACACCUGCAUGGCACUGGAUGUAUAAGUACUUUUUCUUGACAUUGUCACAAUGGCCAGUCACAAAAAGACAGUCAUUUUACUUUUCCAACUCAUAAUUGCUGGAUCUACAUUGGAGAUUGGAGUAUAUGAUAUUGAACGGGGCCGACCUCGCAAAUGUGAACCCAUCACCAUUCCCAUGUGCCAGGGAAUCGGCUACAACAUGACACGGAUGCCCAACUUCCUGAAAUAUGAAAGUCAAGAGGAGGCAAGUAUUAAACUGAACGAGUUCGCGCAGUUGGUGGAAUAUGGAUGUGACGCACACCUGCGAUUUUUCCUGUGCUCUCUGUAUGUGCCGAUGUGCGCCGAUCAGGUGUCCGCCACUAUCCCAGCAUGCCGCCCCAUGUGCGAGCAGGCAAGGCAGAGGUGUUCACCUAUUAUGAAACAAUUCAGUUUUGGCUGGCCAGACUCGUUGGAUUGCUCAAAGUUGCCAACCAACAACGACCCAAAUGCGCUGUGCAUCGAAGCACCCGAAAAUGACACUCAGCCCGAGACUAAGAAAGGUGAGGGCAUGUUGCCGGUACUGCCGCGCUCCACACAGCCUGCAGCGGGGACAGGACGUUCCUCAAGCACCUCGAGGUCCUGUGUUAACCCAGAGAAGUUCCAGUAUGUGGAGAAAAGUGAAUCCUGCGCACCCCGAUGUUCACCUACGGUGGAUGUCUACUGGUCAAGGCAGGAUAAGGACUUUGCUUUCAUUUGGAUGGUCGUGUGGUCGACGCUUUGCUUUGUUUCUACUGCUUUCACAGUUUUAACCUUCCUCCUCGACCCUCAACGUUUUCAGUACCCAGAGCGCCCCAUUAUAUUCCUCUCCAUGUGUUACAAUGUCUACUCGGUGGCCUUCAUCAUUCGCUCAGUGUCCGGGGCUGAGAAUAUCGCCUGUGAUCGUGAAAACGGAGAGCUUUACAUUAUUCAAGAGGGUUUGGAGAGCACAGGAUGCACUGUAGUCUUUCUCGUCCUCUAUUAUUUUGGCAUGGCCAGCUCUAUCUGGUGGGUCAUCCUCACGCUUACCUGGUUUCUCGCAGCAGGAAGAAAAUGGGGUCAUGAGGCUAUUGAGGCACACAGCAGCUACUUUCACAUGGCCGCAUGGGGUAUACCUGCAGUGAAGACCAUAGUCAUCCUCACUAUGAGGAAGGUGGCUGGGGAUGAGUUGACAGGACUGUGUUACGUGGGUAGCAUGGACACCAAUGCUCUCACUGGUUUCGUACUGAUCCCCCUGUCCUUUUAUCUCAUUGUUGGGACCUCUUUCAUUCUUACCGGGUUCGUAGCGCUGUUCCACAUCCGCAAAAUCAUGAAAACCGGCGGCACCAACACGGAAAAACUAGAGAAGCUCAUGGUGAAGAUCGGAGUCUUCUCGAUCCUCUACACAGUGCCCGCCACAAUCGUCAUCAUAUGUUAUUUCUAUGAAAGGCUGAAUAUGGAAUAUUGGAAGUUUCAAACACUGGAAAGCAAGUGCUCUUCUUUUCCUGGUCGCAGGAGUGAGGACUGCUCAUUGGACACCUCGGUGCCCACAGUAGCUGUGUUCAUGCUGAAAAUUUUCAUGUCAUUAGUGGUGGGUAUCACCAGUGGAGUUUGGGUAUGGAGCUCAAAGACGCUUCAGACUUGGCAAGGGUUGUGUAAUAGGAGGUUGGCCAUGCGGGCGGGCCGCAAGCCCUGCUCCAGCGUCAGUUGCAGUGGCUCCCACUGCCAUUACAAAGCACCGGCUGUGUCAAUUCACAUGAACAAAACAGAUGUGCACACAGUCAAUCCCACACAUGUUUGAGACUAACCAUUUCCGUGCACAGUCCCAUAACAUAAUAAGACGCCCGGGCUUAAGGAUGAACACUUGUCAGUAGUGGCAUUUAUAAAACUUUCCCUAAAAUAGAAACGCACAGCAGAUGUCAAUAAAGGGAAGCUGAACCAGCAUAUGAAAUAUAUAUUGGCGUGUUUGGCUGCAAAGCAGAACGGUUUAUUUAUUGUGAGUAUUUAAGUAUAGCUGGCUGUAUAGAUUGCUGUAUGUGAUAUACUGUAUAUAAGGACAUGUGCUACAAGAGAGUUUUAAAUGAUUUGACAGUAUUUGUCUCAGAGGAGCAAUAAAACAUUUAUAACAAUAACUUUUCUCUGUUUAUUUUUAUCAGCUCAAAUUGUGAUAAAUAAUGAUACUCGUUUUUUGAGUGGGUUACAUACAAAUGGUUUUGAAAUGGUUUGUUAGGUCUUUUUCCAUCUUGAACUAACAAAAAAAAUAAAAAUAAAGUUCAAGUUCAAGUAAAGAGGAUUACAUUUGGCAUACAAUUCCUGCCUACAUUUCAAUGAAAUGCAAUAAUGUAAGAAUAAAUGUGAACUAUAGAUUUAUCAUUAGCACCACCAGCAUUUAUCACUAUCAGCAUUUACCCACACCAGGCAGAAAAUUGGUGAAUGCAAAAUAAAGCACAGUUUGAUUUGUUUUACCUUUGCAUUUCGUUUGACACCUUAAGUUAUCUAUCAUUUUACCAAAGUGUGUUACAAUAAAAGUGUUUAAAUACAAAAAUAUUUAUUCAUCAAGAUAAAUCAGAUGUGCACACUUUCAUUUGUGACAUGAAUUGCUGUAUUUGGUUUCAUUCUGUUCAUUAUUUUGUUUAGCAUGCGCAAUGCUCCAGUCAGUAGAGAGUAGAAGUGUUUUAGUUUAACCUUUACAGUCAUCAUGGCCUUGUCACAAUCCACUGUCUGCUCUCGUUUUACACCGGACUACACUCCCCAUAAUCCUUUGCACCUAUCUCACAUGAUCCCCAUCAUUUGGACAUUAUUAGUUAAUCCCCGUCAUCUGUUUACGAUAUCUGUGCUAUAUAAGUUAUCUUCUUUGUUUCAUUCGUUGUCCGGUAUUGUAAAUACAUGUUUUAUGUAUGUGGUUAUGUGCUUAUAUGUUUUCACUUGGAUUAUAUUAAAACCAUUUU